AUGUCGCCGGUGUCGUCGUCGUCGUCGAGGCCGGCGUCGCUCCCGUCGUCGCCGUACAGGCCGGCGCUCCGGGCGGGCAGCCUGCAGCGGCUGCUCCGGCCGCCGGACCCCUCCGACGACGACGCGCCCACGCCCCGCUCCUCCCGCGGCGGCGGCCACGGCCGCGCCCUGCUCCAGGUCACCAACAUCACCCCGGCGCUCUCCGGCGCCGACCCUUUCUCCGGCCACCACGGCUUCUACCUCCGCCUCUCCGACUCCGCGCGCUCCUGCUACGUCUCCCUCCACGCCGACCACGACGACCUCAUCCUCACCAACGGCCUCCACAUCGGUCAGGUCAUCGAGGUCGAGCACCUCGUGCCGUCCGUCCCGGCGCCGGUGCUCCGCAAGUUCCGUGUUCUUCCCGGCCGGUACCCCUGCAUCCACCAGGAGCCCGCCGAUAUGGCCUCCACCACCGCCGCCGCCGCUGCGUGCUCCGGCGCGGCCGAGAUCAAGGAGGUCGUGUCCGAGCGCCCGCGCCGGCCGUCGCCGACGCCCCCCAUCCCGGCCGAGAGGAGGGCGCGGCAGGCGGGCUCCCCCUCCGCGAUCAGCCACCGCCACAGGUCACGGUCGAUAUCGAACUUGUCCGAGACUGGCGCCGCGGCGAGGAGUAGCAGCGCCGCCGUCCUGGGGAAGCUGAGGAAGAUCAGCGUCACGUCCAUCGAUGGCACCAGCACCGACGACGACGACGAGUCCGACGUGUCGUCGUUGUCCUCGGCGAGGAGGAAUUGGGAUGUCACCGGGAGCAUCAAGGACAGGAGACCCGUCGCUCCUCGGAGGCGUGGCAACAGCGUUUCCCCAAGUAAAUCUGGCCCAAAUUCCAGUGUCACCCAGAAUGAUGCUGGGAAUGAUCCGAUGGAGUCAGUGAGGAGGAAAGCCGAGAAGGCAUUCAAGGUGCUCUCCAAGAGGGCAUCUGCUAAGAUGUCCAGAGAAAGCUCCUGCAUGGCGGCGACACCGCAGAGCGCUUCGGCGUCGAGCGGCAUCAAGUGGUGCGAGAACAAUGUGAUGUGGAGCUCACUUUCAUCAAGCUUGAUGAAGUAUGGAAAGGAAGCAGUGAAGCAGAGAGACAUGGCGCUGCAGGCCGUGCUUGAUGGAUUGCUAGAGGCAUCUACCACUGAGAAAUUGAUAAAAUGCCUAAGUACGUACUCUGAACUACAAUCUGACAAGGAAGACGACCCGAAGGAGCUCAUUGACAGGUUCUUGAAAUUCUCUCAGGAACUGGAUCAUGCCAUCUUCAUCGCCCAAUCACAGACCAAAAUUAGACAAGUAAAAGCAUGUGGUUCCAAUCCAACAUCCUCAACUUCAACCAAAGCUGCUUUGAAGGCUGCAUUGGAUAGGAAGCAAUCUGCCAUCUUAUGGAUCAGAGCAGCCAUUGAAGCAGACCUCUCACCUUUUUCUAGUUACACAAGACCCACUGAACCACCAAAACUGUUACUGUCUGAAUCAAAGCCUGUGACACCAUUGUUCUGUUGUUCCAAGCCGAAAUGCAACUGCAACAAGAGGACCUCAAGGAAAACAUCUGACGGUUCCUCUGAAGGAAGCAACAUGAAUGCAGCCAUGGACCUGGCUAUAGCACUUAGAUCAGAAUGCAACUGUUGGUUCCUCAAGUACAUCGACAAGUUCUUGGAUGAUAUCGAAAGCGAGACCGUAUAUGCGCCAUGUGAUUCCCAAGUUGCAGGCCUUCUGCAGCAGCUUAAAAGAGUUGAUGACUGGCUCAACCGUGUCGUGAGGCACGACAGGAUGCUUUCGAUCGACCGAAGCAACAAGGAUAGCAUGUUUUCUGAGGAAGAAGAGAACGAUGCGUGCGAGAGGGUACGGAGAAAGAUUUAUGGAGCCCUUCUAAGGCAUGUCCAAUAUGCUGCAAUGGCGCUCGAGGGUCUGAAUGGUGUAACUGAUGAAGAGAAGGAAGAGCGGAAGUAGCAGUAACUGCGCACAAGCUUUAUCAAUAUAUAGAAAGAAUAAACAAAUUGUGUAGUUGAAGAUGAUAUAAUUUUAUCAUCAUCAGAAUUCAAGUAGUAUCUUAGGCAUAACUCUCAAAUGUAGCCUGAUACUUUUAUGUCGGAUACUCUGAUAGUGUUGUUGCUACUAUUGCUAAUUUUGUGUGUGCUUAGACAUGGCAUCCUAAAACUGACAAAUGCAUCAAGUGUGAGUUUAAGGGCAAGAAAUGCCUGAAGUACAAGAUUGAUGAACCGAGUAGGAGGACAAUGAAACAGUUGAGGACCUUGGAUGCAAUUUACGCUCUGAUAA